UGUCGUCAAUAUGAUACGAUAUCAUAUUACGGUGUUGUGUUGAAUGUUGAUCGCUUGGUUGGUGACGUUCGUCAGGAACUGGCUGUUAAGCGCCUAUCGUUACGACUGGAUGAUGCGAAUGUUUUGACAGCAUCAGCGGUUUUACCCUUCUCUGCAUUCCUGGUCCUUCGUCUAGUAAUCACACUGUUUUUGUUUGCCUGUAUUAUAUGGAGUGGUUUUGAUGAUAGAGUUGACGAUGCGAAAUGGUUUAUAUAUCUCACCAACUUGUCAUUCGCUAUGCUUAAUAUAGCAUUCAUCAUGUUAUCUGCUCUCUCGCUAUCCAAAGCAUACCGGAUGCAUCAAAAUAAACCCCAAACUGAAGCCUAUGGCACGUUUGAAACAUCCGUUGAGGCAGCUCGCAGACAGGAACAGAUAGAACUACCAAGCGAGGGACAACAGAUAAGGAUGAAUAUACAAUCACCAGCAUUGUGUAAAUGGUACCAUCAAGUCAUAUGGCUCAUUUAUAAUGUAGCAUUUUGCGCUGCCAUCAUUGUCUCGAUUGGCUAUUGGUUGUUUCAGGCGAAACAUGUUCAGUUUCUUGAUGUGGUUACACAUGCAUUUAAUACCAUUUUUGUUCUUAUUGAACACUUACUCGGUCGCGUUCCAAUACGUUUAUUUCACGCUGUAUAUACAAUUAUUUAUUUAUCUCUAUAUGUGAUAUUUAGUGUUAUUUACUGGCAAGCAGGUGGAUUGAAUGCACGCGGCAAGACUUACAUUUACAAAAUAUUUGAUUAUGACAACAAGAACGCCGGGGUAAUCACUGCUUUUGUUCUUCUCUUGGCUGUCAUAGGACCAAUCGUGAUCCAACUGAUAUUGCUGGGACUUUGCAAGUUAAGAGGUCAUUGGUUUUCUUGUAAAUCUGAGGCCUAAUAUGGAAAUAGUUGGAUUCUAAAACUAUAAUAUGAUCUAAGUUUUCAGUUAGUGGCAUAUUGCAUUAAUGCAUUAACUAAUCUCUGUCUCUAAAAUUGCGUUGCACGGCAAAUGCCUGUUUGUGUGAAAAUAAAGUUUUUUCAUCUACGUAUCUGUCUUGCUGUGUGGAAUUUUAGUCGGAAAGAAUGUUGGCAUGCGUUUAGUCAGUUUUUUGCUGCCCUUUUCAGGACAUUUCACAUCUCGAAUAUAACGAAACCUCCUCGGAGUGGUACUACACACUUAUGCUCAGCCUUUGCAACUCUUUCAAGAAAACAAUCACUGGAAAUAAAUGAAAUGUAGGAAAUUCGACUAUAGAUAGCGUUUCUUGUUGAACAGCCUAACAAUUACCCCCAAUUUUUUUUUAAAUCACGCGACUACUCGUU